AUGUCGACGGAAAUUUCCCUGAUCAGACGUGAGGACAUGACUAGAAGAAACUGGACAGCUUUCACUUCGUAUUUUCUCGAGUGCUUGUAUAAUUCUCUUCGUAUCUUUCUCGACUCUUUGUAUCUCUCUUUUGUAUAUUUUCCGAAUGUUUGUAUCUUUCUCUUUGUAUCUUUUCCGCCAGUUUGUAUAUCCCGCUUUGUACCUUUCCCGACUGUUUGUAACUUUCACAUUGUGUCUUUCCCGGCUGUUUGUAUCUUUUACUUUGUUUCUUUCCUGAGUGUUUGUAUCUUCUCAACGUAUCUUUCCCGUCUGCUUGUAUCUUUCUAUUUGUAUUUUUCUCGUCUGUCUGUAUCUUUCCACUUUAUAUCUUUCCCGACUCUUUGUAUCUUUCUGUUUUUAUAUUUCCCGAUUGUUUGUAUCUUUCUCUUUAUAUCUUUCCCGAUAUUUUGUACCUUUCUCUUUGUACCUUUUCCGACUCUUUGUAUCUUUCGCGACUGUUCGUAUCUUUCUCUUCGUAUCUUUCCCGACUGUUUGCAUUUUUCUCUUCGUAUCUUUCCCGAUUGUUUGCAUCUUUCAUAUUUUAUCAUUCUCUGCUGCGCAUGA